AUGAACCUGAGCGUGACGAUACGAGGGGGCCUGACCGGGUCAGAUAGCGAAACUAGUCAAAGUGGGUCAAAAAAACAUGGCAGUAACGUGCUGCACAAAACGAAGCUAAAAAGGGACGUUCCAGAAAAGAGGAAAGGAAGAAACGCAGCAAAAAAAUCUAAAAAUCUGAGUCCCAAAUUGACAAGCAACAUUUCUGUCUCACCUUCAGAUAAAAGAAAUAACUUACAUGCGUUGGAAGGAGCCCUUUCUGAGGUGGUGGAUGGGAACCACCAACAGGGGUGGAGGCAGUACGCACACAAGUUCGGCCUCCUGGGCAGACUCGUUUCGAAGGGGCACGCGGGGAGCGCCAGUUCGGCAGGAACUCCACACGGUGGAAGUCUAAAAGGAACAACGCACAGCGGAAGCAACUCGCAACGGUCCGCGAAGAAAAGUACCCAGCCAAAACACAGUGGAAGCAAGUUGGUAAGACAAGACGGUAAGGCAAACACACAAGAGGAAAAAAAAAAAAGCCACUUGACUAGUUUGCAAAAAAAUGUACCUCCAAAGAAAAACAAAAGUUUUUACUCGUCCAACUUAAACACACCAACUGUUGCCACCGGAGGGAAGAAGAGUUACAAACUGAGUAAGUUACUAACACCACUGGAAAAGUUUGGGAAAAAUAAAAAAAAAAAUAAAGCUAGCCGAAAUUUUUUGGCCUUAAAAAAGGGGGUGAACAUGUCUAAGGGGGUGAGCGGCAAGGCGGAAGGUGAGGCUUCCCCAAAUGGGGCCUCCCAAAAUGGGGCUUCCCCAAAUGGAGCCUCCCCAAAUGGAGCUUCCCCCAAUGGAGCCUCACCAAAUGGACUACCCGUUGAGAAGACAGGCUCUGGGGAGAAGCGCCAAGAGGGGGACUCCGCCGAUGGAGCGAAGCAGUCAGUCAUGGCAUCAUCUUCACUCGGGAAAGGAGCCGAAGGGGAAAACACUCAAGUAGAUCACCUUACAGGGAAGGCACCAGAAGACCAGGAAGACCCGUCCAAAGAAGCACCCCUCGAGAGGUACACAGCAGAACCAACCGAUCCCUAUUUCACCAAAGGGGAGUACGACGCAUCAAAGGAUAUACUUCGGGAGCAGACGAGUUUCUACGAUGCAGGGAAGGUCUCCGCUAGCUUGCUGCCCGGUUAUAAAGAAGUAACCUUCGAGGGGGUAGUUCAAUCUGAAGGGAAGAACAACGCAUCUGCUACUGAGUCUGGAAGGUUGCAAAGAAAUGCCAUGUACCUGCCCAACCGAUUUUAUAGUCCUCACAAUUUUAACCCAAUCAGAAGUGAGGGCGGUCCAGACGGGGCCUACUACAUCAACGGGUUAAGUACGCUGGACGGCUGCCUCUUCACCUCGGUCGAUGUGUCUCAGGGGACCAUCCACAAGCAGUACAACAUCGGGGUUACCUACCCUUACGGGGUCCCCUUCGUGGAUGUGCAGCGGGGGGGCGGCCAGUCACGAGAGUAG